GGGGACCUCCUCCUCCACCCCCACCGCCAGGAAUGGGGCCUCCUCCUCCACCAGGGAUGGGUCCGCCACCUCCUCCUGGUCUGUUUGCUCCUGCAGCACCUUCCAAUCAGCUGCCCUUUGGAAUGGCACCAAAGAAAAAAUAUACCACCAGUGCCCAGACAAAGAGAUUGAACUGGACAAAAGUAAACCCCAAAAAUCUGGAGAAAGAUUCCAUCUGGGUGCAGCUGCAUGAAGAACAGUUUGAGAGCCCAGACAUUUUCAGCAAUUUGGAGUUGUUGUUCUCCACAAAAGCACCUCCAAAGAAAGAAGUCUCAGAAACUGCGGAGAAAAAGCCAGCAAAGAAAGGGAAGGAGCUUAAGGUACUGGACAUGAAGUCAGGCCAGAACUUGUCUAUUCUGCUGAGUUCCAUGAAACUUCCUUUUGAGGAAAUCAGACGUCGGAUUUUGGCGGUUGAUGAAGAGAAUCUGACGACAAACAUGUUAGAGCAGCUGAUCAAAGGCAUUCCAGAGCCAGACGAUAUGAAGAAGCUGGCAGAUCUCAAAGACGUGUAUGCAGAGUUGGCAGAACCAGAGCAAAUGUCAGGUAUCAAGCGCCUUGUACCUCGCCUUAAUUCCAUCUUGUUCAAGUUGAGAUUUCCCGAACUUGUAUCAGAUAUUAAACCUGAUUUGGUGUCUGCCACCGAGGCUCUUGAUGAGAUUAAGAACAGCCGAAAGUUUGCUAAACUGCUGGAGCUAUUGCUUCUGAUGGGCAACUACCUGAAUGCAGGCUCUCGAAAUGCAGAAUCAUUUGGUUUUGAUAUCAGCUUUUUAACCAAGCUUGAGGGCACCAAAAGCCAAGAUGGCAACAUGACUAUGCUUCACUUUCUGGCACAAAUCUUAGAAGAGAAAUAUCCAGAUAUUCUUGGCUUCCUGGACGAGACGAUACAUGUGGAAAAAGCUGCUCGAGUCUCAUCAGAAACAAUCCAGAAGAACAUCAAUGCCAUGGGCAAGCAAAUCAAGGACUUGGAGCUGGACAUGAAGACACUGGGCAAGUCCAAUGAUGCUGAUGACAAAUUUGGAGAAGUUAUGAAAGUGUUUUUGAAAGAUGCGCAGCAGCAGCAUGAGCUCCUGAGUGCCAUGUACAAGAAGCUGGACACGCUGUUUGAGAGUACGGCCAAGUACUUCUCCUUUGACCCCAAGAAGUACACAAUGGAGGAAUUCUUUGGUGACAUGAAGACUUUCAAGGAUGGUUUACAAAAAGCUCUGAAAGAAAAUGCUAAAAUGAGGGAGACGCAAGAAAAGAUCAGAAGAGCCAAAGAGGCCAAAGAGAAGGCAGAGAGGGAGAAAAAGGAAAAGAAACUCCGACAGGCAGCCAUACUGGAUAUGACAACAGACGACAACCAGGAGGGUGUUAUGGAUAACCUGUUGGAAGCCCUGAAGACCGGUUCCGCUUUCAAUGUCAACAGAGAGAAGAGAGAUGGCAAGCGGCGGACACCUCGAGCUGCUGGGGGGCGAGGGUCUUACUUUUCUCCAUAUUCUACCGAAAGGAGAGCCCAGCUAACCAGAUCUCGGUCCCGCCAGAACCUGUUAGAAGGCACCGCUGUGAAAGAAAUUGAUUUUAACGAUUCGAGGACUAUCCAUCAAGAGAAUGCAAAAAACACAGAACUGGAGUCCGAGAAAAUGUUGGAAGAGUUGAAAGCUUUGUGA